AUGGCUACUUCGGUCGACAACGACGCCAGCUUCGCCGAGCAGUAUAACGACGCCACCAAGCUUCAAUACAUCAAUCUGGGCAACAAGCCGCCCCUUUACAAAUCCUACCCGGAUUUACGAAAUAUUCUCCUGCCAGACGUUACCGGUCGCGCCGCAAUGGAUGUGCCCACCCUGGAUGCCAUCCGAGCCAGCGGCAACGUCGAUUCUGCCGGUGACGGAGCGCUUACCCUGGAAGGGUUGGCCUCGCUGUUGUAUCACUCCGCAGCGGUUAUCCGACGUUCGCAGCUACGCAGUGGGGAAGUGCACUACCGAGCCGCUGCGUCGGCCGGCGCGCUGUAUCCGACAGAGAUCUACGUGGUGUGCGGCGAUCUGGAUGGAUUGCGAGCGGGUGUCUACCAUUUCAACGCCAGGGAGUUCGCAUUGGUCCGGUUGCGCAACGGCGACCUGAGGCGGUGUUUAGCGCAGCGAGUGACCAUCGCGCUACACGCGCACCCUGGUGUUCACCACGUUCUGCUGCUUGCGCAGCAGCGCAUGGAAGUACCGUGA